UCCGCAACCACAACCCUCCCAUGGCUCUCCGUCUGCCGUCGCUCAGUCGCAGCCAUAUUACGGCCAGUACGCGCAACAAUACCCGCCGUACGCAUGGCAGCCACCGCCCCCAGAAGCUCCGCGCCGCGACUGGAGGGACUGGUUUAUCAUGGCGACAGUGGUCGGAGGUGUCUCGUAUGGACUGUUCAAUCUAGGCAAGCGCUACAUCUAUCCCCUUGUCGCGCCGCCCACUCCGGAACGGCUUGAGCAGGACAAGAAGGCCAUUGAUGAGCAGUUUGAAAAGACGUUUGCGCUCGUCGAGCAGCUUGCCAAGGACACAGAGGCGCUAAAGGCUGCCGAGCAGGAGCGGACUGAGAGGCUGGACACGGCGCUCGGCGAGCUCGAGAAUGUUAUCAGCGACCUGAAGUCAGCGAACCGCCGGCGAGACGACGAGGCGGAGCGACUACGCGACGAUGUGCAGAACCUGAAGGACUCGAUCCCGCGCGCCAUGUCUACCCAAAAGGACUUGACCGACAACAGGCUGCGCGACGUUAAUACGGAGCUCAAGAGCCUCAAAACUCUGAUCACGCAGCGCAUGAACCCCACCGCCACCUCGACCAGUGUCAACAACUACCUGCGGCCGAACCAGAAUACCGGCAGCACGUCGCCCGCCGCGAAACCCGCGACGGUGGAGGCCAGCAGCGAGAACGGAGAAGUAAAUAGCAAGACUGCGACGACACCAGCGGCGGCCGAGGAGCCGAAGCGUCCCGAGUAUCAGGAUUUCCCUUCGGGGCUAGGCCGGAGCUCGCCUUUUAAUAGCGGCAUGACGCAGAAGGCAUCGAUUCCGGCUUGGCAGAUGAUGGCUUCCAAGACUGCAGGAUCGUCGUCAUCGGCGGCACCUGUGAAUGGGUUAGAGUCCGGGAGCAGUGACACCCAUGAGGCUGCGGGAAGUUCAUAAAACAAAUGUCUCGCCGAAUGUGAAACGGUUGGGGUUAAUUGUCUUCUUUUUUUUUUGUCUACAGCUUUGUAUAAUACAUCACACACUGGACCCAGCGGCUUGCCUCUGCGUUCCUGGUUCCCGGGUCAGAAAACCCUCGGGGUAUCGAAUCUAUCUGGGUGAGGGUUCUCUCGUCACCUUUUUCUGUCUUUUUUGAACAGCUGACUAGUGUAUGUGUCUAACACUAUCGGAUACUCGGAGGUGCUCCCUUGUCCGUUGUUGGGUCGGC